AUGUCCGUGGACUCGCAGGCCGCUUUCAGGGCGGAGGCGAUUCGCCUGGGUGUGUCUGAGGCACACGCUGACUUGCUGAUCACGAAGGGCAUCCGUACGCACUCGCUGUUCGCCUUCAUCUCCAGCUACCAGCCGGGUGCCAGUGAUGAGAAGCCGUUCGUGGAUGCCCUGGUUGCCAAGCUUGGUGAGGAGGCUAAGGAUUCGUUACCAGCCUUUCGGCACCUGUUCUACACCAGUCACACGCUUGCGGUCCAGGAGCUCAAGGACAAGCUUGAACCUCGUGAAGAGGCCAAGCGCCUUUCUAUGGCAGACAGGGUCGACCGCCUGGAGCGGCUCAAGAAGUCGCUGGUGGGGGUCACUAUUGACACGUGGUUGGAGCCCAGCCACUCCUUGGUGGACAAGGCCGUCGGCUUUGCGGAGGAUGGUUGUCUCGGACCCUUGGAGCUUUCCCGGUGCACGUCACGGGAGGUUACGAAGCCCCCGACGACCUUGACGGCUGAUACUUCCAGUGACCUACAUGUUCGAACUUGUAUGCAGCGUCGUGCUCUGGCUUUCCACAUGGCGGGCAUUGCUACGUUCGUGGUGCUUGAUAAGAUCAUUUCUCGCUUCUUCGGCUGCAUGAUGCGCCCAGUGUACCCGGGGCAGCAACCGGUGACCUUGAGCCAGGUCGUGGACGCCGACAGAACGCUUUGGGUUCUGGUUGCGCAAGAGACUCGGGGCAAGGUACUGACAUCCGGGACUCCUUUGCCGAUUGAUGCCGCCGUGGACGCUUUCAAGGACGCGCCGGACGUUGCUUUUGCUUUGAUGCCUCGCGCAAAGGGGUCGGUGCCUCCGCCUCCGAAGCCGUCUCCGACUGCUGGAGCCGAGGCGAUGAGUCGCGCUAAGCGCCGCAGGAUUCAGAAGGCGGCCAAAUCCAAGCAGAUUGCAGAUUCGGCACAGCCCAGCAAGCCUCCAGCAGCAACCCCGAAGGGCAGCGGCAAGGGCAAUGACAUACCACCGGGGGCAAAGACUCGCGAUGACCAGGGCAGGCCAGUUUGCUUCCGCUACAACCGGAGGGCAUGCGACCAAUCCAAGGCCACAGCUUUUAGACCGGGACAAUUCUCCGCAGUGGGCCAUUCUCCAACUGACCUUCACUGCGCCGAAGCUCUUGCAAGUUCUUUCAGCUCUCCGCCUACGGCGAAGCAGCUCCUUUCACUUUUGGAUGUGUUGCCACCCGAAGUGCCUGCCCGCGGACAGCCGGGGGAUUUCUCAUGGACCACGGGAGCGUGGUCGAAGGACGGAGGCUAUGGCCUCCGCCGUCACAGCCAUAUGUUCCCGACGGUUACAUCCGCCUUGACGGCGUAUGUCCGAAGCAUUGCCCCCGAACAUGCUUUUACAGCGGUGGCUCUCUUUGCAGAUCUUCAAACAGCGCCCCAUCGCGAUGUGAACAAUGCCGUGGAUGCUCCUAACCUCUUGUUGCCGCUCACUGAGUUCCAAGAGGGCCAGAUCUGGCAAUACAACGAGGCGGGGCCUUCUUGGCAAUGGGUCGAAGGUCGUCAUCUUCCUGGCUUGCACUUGGAUGUUUCCAAAGGCCCUUGCUAUCUGGAUUCCCAGGCCUUGCACUUCACACUCCCAUGGCGAAGCAAAAGAGUUCUUGUGGUGGCUUUCACGCCUCGCUACAAUGAGCAACCCUUCGACUUUGCGCAGCUUGUGGCACUUGGCUUCAACGUGGGGCGGGAGUGCCCGUCGCCACCUCAACCUUUGCGGCAACAUGUCGAGCUCUUGGGCUUCCGGGUCCUUUUGCCACCAUGUGACCUACAAGCAGUCAGCUUUUCCUGCGAAGCUUCCGAGGCCUUGGCGGUGGAGGCCUUCUGUGGUCGUGGACGCUUGUCGGUGGCACUUCGGGAUCAAGGCUUGAGUGUUCUUCCAGUUGAUCACCGUGUUCGUUGCACUGAUCUACAAGUUCUUCGCCUUGACCUUCAGGAUGAUCAGGACGCGUCCAUCUUCCUUGAAAUGCUCUCCACGGCCAAUGUUUGCUUGGCUCAUUUCGGGCCGCCUUGCGGAACCUCGAGCAAGGCCCGCGAGCUGCCUUUGCCUCCGGAGCUCGCUCACCUACAAGCUUCUCCGCUGCGAUCAUCUGCAUCUCCCUUUGGUCUGGACGGACUUCGGCCGUCGCAAGCAGCUCGCGUCCAUUCGGCCAAUAAGCUCUAUGUUCUUACAUUGGUCUCGAUCUGGAUUCUGCAUGUGCGUGGCGCGCUUGUCAGCUGUGAGAAUCCUUCUUCUUCAUUGUUUUGGAGGUUGGCCGAUCUUCUUGCGCAAGACCUCCCAGAUCCAGCAGCCUGGCAGGUCUUGGAAGACGUCACGUUCCAUGCUUGCAUGUGGGGCUCUAGUCGCAAUAAGCGCUCCACCUUUCGCGCAACCCCGGGCCUGUGCAGCGGCCUGCGGCGCGAUUGUGAUGGCUCACAUGAACACUUGUCGUGGACGCCGACUGCGACCCCUUCCGGUGUUGUGUUCCCUACAGCAGGCGAGGCCGAGUACACCAAAGAACUGGCGGCCGCUUAUGCCGCCUUUUCUCUUCGUGCUCUUCAACUGCGUGGACUCCGCACGGAACGCUCUCAUAUGGCUUCUGGGGUUCUUCGGCCUCGAGAUCUACGUUCUUUUACUCGCAAGCGGGUGCCACCGCUUCUUGCGGAGUAUUGGUUUGUGGCUCCUGGAGACUGUGUACCACCCGAGUGGCCUCAACGGCCCCUCCCUAAGCAUGUCCUGUUCCCGAAAACGGGGGAUGAGGUCAUCAUGGUAUCUUCGGUUGCAGAGGUUCGGGCGUUGGAAGCGACUAAUGCUUGCAAACCGUCAACAUUGGUGGCUCUUAAGGCAGUGGGAGCAACUGGUGCUGAACCAAUGGUUGGAGUACUUCGACGACCCCAACAAACCAUGCUGGCUACCAGGUGCUUGGCCCAUCCACUUGAACUGAAUCUUCCGUUGCCAGACAUCCUUGUGAAGGCCGUCGUGAACGUCCUUAGAGUGGGACCUCGGGGCAUUGCCUUUCAUCGUGCUACGGUCUUGCAGAAGUUGCUGGGCAGGGCGGAGGCGCUCAAAGAUCGUGAACGCGAGCUUCAUAGUGGCCUGCAUCCGGAUCUUCGUAAAGUUCUUGCGGGGAAAAACACAAUAUUGUGGGAGCAGCUUCUUAAAGAGACUCAAUUCCCUGACCCGGGCCUCAUCGACGAGGUGAGGGGAGGCUUUGAACUUGUGGGUCCGGCGAACUGCUCGGGGGCCUUCCCGAUGGCUUACAAGCCGCCGCAGCAGUCGGUGGAAAAGCUCAUGCAGCAAGCGGUGUGGCGAAGGAAGAACACCAUCUCCAAGUGCAAGCCGACUGGCGAUGGGGUUGCGGACGCAGAGUUGUGGUCGCAGACGCUUGGCGAAGUCGAGCAGGGCUGGAUCGAUGGACCCUAUUGGGAUGAGAGUGAAGUCAGUGAGAGGCUCGGCAGCGCCGAGUGGAUGUGCACCAGGAGAUUCCCCAUCGUCCAGGGGCCGAAGGUUCGCAUUAUAGAUGACUGCCUUCAGAGCGGUCUGAACUCUGCCUAUGCGGCGUACAACAAGCUCAGGUUGAUGGACGCUGAUGCCUUUAUCUCCGUGGUUCUCUUGCUUAUCCGAUGCUCGCAUCAGCCCGGCAGCAUGAUUCAGCUCGAUUCGGGGGAACAACUCGUCGUGAAGAGACACCCCGAUUGGGGCGAUGGACUGGAUCUCCUCGGCAAGACUUUGGAUCUUUCUGCAGCUUACAAACAACUGGGCUGCAGGCCCGAUACGAAGUUCAAUAGAGUGUUAGUCGCUUGGAGUCCCGAACGCCGCGCGCCGGCAUUCUUUGUGUCCACUGCUUUGAUGUUUGGAGCGACAUCGGCAGUCUUCUCCUUUAACCGCUGUUCGGCAUCCCUGUGGCAUCUGGCAGUGACGAUGGGUUCAGUUUGCUGCACUGUGUACUUCGAUGACUUUCCUUGUGCGGAACCAUCGGCCUCGUCGGGAUCGGCUCAGGACUUCAUGGUGGGGCUUCUGUCCACUUGCCUGGGUUGGAAUGUUGCUCUGCAACCAAAGAAGAAUCAGCCGUUCUCCCAGACCUUCACUCUGCUUGGGAUCGAGCUUUCGCUUAAAACGGCGGACCAGGGCAUCCUGAAGGUGCGCAACAAGCCGGACCGUGUUGUGGAACUACGUGCUGAGCUUGACCGGCUUUUGUCGCAGGGCUACAUGAAGAGGUCUGAGGCAUCAUCCUUGCAUGGGCGCUUGAACUUCGCUCAAGGCCAGCUUCACGGUUGUCCCAUUAAGCCAGCGCUUAAGUUCUUGUCACAGGUGGCGGCCAACGGCUGGGACGAUGCUAUGGCCGACGAUUUCAAACUUGUGAUUGGCUACAUCGCAGCUUGCUUCGCCACGGACUCUCCGAGGGUGAUACAUGCUCUUGACCCGCGGUAUGCCAUCAAGCUCUUUACCGAUGGUGCAUGGGACAACAGAAUCGCAGGUGCGGGGGCGGUGCUCCAGUAUUCUCUGGACCAUGGACCCAAGGUGGCGGAGGUGGUUGUUCCAGAAUGCCUCAUCGAGCACUGGGGCAGGCAUGGUGGCACUCAGCUCAUCUCGCAGCUGGAGCUCUUCCCAGUGCUGGUGUCUCUGAUCAGCUGGGGCCCCGAAUUGGCGGGCAGGCGCACCCUUGUCUUUAUCGACAAUAACGGUGUGCGCGAUUCCUUGAUCAAAGGCUCCUCUCCGCUGCCUGACCACUUCAUUAUGCUUUCGAUGAUUGCCUGGGUGGCUCGGCGGUUCCACUUCACGCUGUGGUUCACUCGUGUGGCUUCGGAAUCGAAUCCCGCAGACAAGCCGUCAAGAUCGCAAGCGCGGGAGGCUGCUGAGGAGCUCGGUGGAUCCCUUGAGCUUCCCUUGACCUUGGACGGCGCCUUCGUGAACGGGCUGCUUAGCAAGCGGUCCUUCAUGGAUAUGUGCCAAGGUGCGAUGCCGUUUGGUGAUGGGGAAAAUGUGGGAGAGAGACUUUGGCAGUGA